AUCUAGUGUGCUUCACUGUGGGGGCGGAGCAUGCUUGGUUGGUAACGGAGAGAAAAAGCCGAGGCGACAGUCUGGGGACCUCCUCGCUCGUAUCUAGUCUGUGUUAGACCGCUUUUUCCGAAUGGCAACGACGGCAGAGGACCAGCGGGAACCGGCGGACGCCGCUGCGCUGCCGACGCACCACGGCUGCUACUACCACAACAGUAACAACAAUAACAACAACAACAAUAACAACAAAGACAGCGAGGCGGGAGAGAGCGCGACCUCUGCCACCGCCAGCUCGACUGAAUCCGGCGGAACGGCGUCGCAGAGCAUCGGUAACGGAUCAGUUAUCAACCCUAACGGGGGGAAUAAUGGGAAAUGGGUUCGCCUCAACGUCGGCGGCACGGUGUUCCUCACUACGCGGCAGACGCUCCUCAAGGAGCAAACUUCGUUCCUGUACCGGCUGUGCCAGCAGCAGGACCUGCACUCAGACACGGAUGAGACGGGAGCUUAUGUGAUUGACAGAGACCCCACCUACUUCGGCCCCAUCCUGAACUACUUGCGGCACGGCAAACUGGUCUACAACAAGGAGCUCGCUGAAGAAGGUGUCCUCGAGGAGGCUGAGUUUUACAACAUCACCCCGCUGAUUAAACUGAUUAAAGAGAGGAUCGUAGAGCGAGACUCCAAGGCGACACAGGUGCCCCCCAAGCACGUCUACCGAGUAUUGCAGUGUCAGGAGGAGGAGCUAACCCAGAUGGUCUCCACGAUGUCUGAUGGCUGGAAGUUUGAGCAGGUCAGCGUGCGCACCUGCAGAAAGCCCCGCACCGGACUGCUCUGGACUAUGGUGAACAUCGGCUCGUCGUACAGCUAUGGAACAGAGGACCAGGCUGAAUUUCUGUGCGUCGUAUCGAAGGAGCUGCACACGCCCGGAUCUGGACUGGGUACAGAGCAGAGCCACAAAACCAAGCCCGCAGAGAUGCAGGAGGAGGGAGCGGCGAAAGAUGAGGAGGAGGAGGAAGAGGGGGGGAGAGAUACCACACCAAAUGAGUGGCUUAGAGAAUGAGGGAGUCAUGUUUCUUUGUUCCAAAGAGAGGCCUGACUGGCUUUUUCAGAUCCACGGGUCCCGGAUGUAGAAGUCAUGGGAAUAUAUUUUUCCUAUGCUUCUGAUGUUCUGUACAUGGCAUGUGUGUGUUUUUUUUUUUUUGUCAGUGGACGGUCAUCACGAUACGUAGCAUUGUUACCACUUCAUUGACAAAAUGCUAGUUAGCAUUACCAAAUGUCCAAAACGUCUAAUAUCACUGUCAACUGGAGCAAUACAUUAAAAAAAAUUUUUAUUUGUAUUUUUUUUAUUUUAUUUUAUUUUUUUGUGAAACUAACUUAAUUUUCAAAAAUGCUCGUGUGUCGGCCUGUGCAAAUGUUAUAUUGCCAAGGGCAGUAGUGGAGCUUAGUAAAUCAUGACCAAAGAGCCAUAUUAAAUCUGGCUGAACCAAGGUGCUGAACCUUAAUAUGACAGAGGAGAAUUGGCCUCAUCUUGGUUGCCCUGUGAGGAACUGUCCCAUCUGUGCUGUGCAGCAUUAGAGUUCCUUAAUAUGUCCUAAUGACGCAGCUGUCCCACUGAUUUAAGCAAGCAUUCCCUAGUCUUUGACCACUGUUUCCCCUGUCGUCCUCUCAUUAAUUUCACAUUUGGUAUGAUGUUUCUUCAUGAAAAAUAAAUCACCUUAUUUGGGAAGAAAAACAACCACUUAGUGAGCCCACCAGCUGCUGGACUCCACAGAUCUUGAAGUCUAGACUGCAUAGAAAAGUGUUAUAAACUCGCUCGCAUCAGCCUUAUUUAGAGAUGACUUCAAGCAUACUCGAGGAACUACAUCUUCACAGGGUGUUUUUAAGCUCGCUAUGCUACUUAUUUGUUGCUCUCAGUGCAUACAGGAGUGUGUUUGCUUAGAUGUCAUAUGUUAGUAUAGCCACUUUUUGGGUUGGCCUGUGUAACUGAAGUAGGUCAAAAUAAUUUGCUUGUGAGGGCAAUGCUACACUCGCUGCACAUUACAAAGAUGCACACACCGCAGUGGUGAAAACACACUGCUCUACAUUUUUCCCCUGCCGACACACACACGCGCCCACACACCCACCUUGUUUUUGCAGAUGCAUACCUGCAUCACCUUGCACAGCAGCAGCAGCGUCGCCUCAGUCUGUCGCCAUGGCUGGGAUCCAGUUCCCGCUUUGGCCUCAGCUGACUUAGGGAUGUUGGUGGCAUCAGAAAAGGCUUAAAAAGGAGCCGAGGAGGAGUCAACAUAAAGAGGAGAGUCUGGUGUACUGGAGAUUUGUAAUAGUAAUGAUCACAUCCUGUUUUUGUUACAAUAAAGACCUCACAGUGGGCAGAUCUGCUGCAGUGCAGGUGUAUGACUGAAAGACAUUUCCAAAGAAAGCAGAAUGGGUGACACGUGACUUUUAACAACCUCUGCUGUUAACAUGCAAGAACUGCACCGCAGAUCAAGACUGUGGCCAAAUUUGAUCCAUUAAUUCACAUUUGCUUGGAGUUCUAGGGGGUCAUCUAGCAAAUACAUCUCGCUCAUCUCUUUGUUUAUUAAAAUUGAGGAGGCGUGCUUAAUGAAUGUUGUGGGUCAGAAAAAAAGGGGGGGGGGUAUAAUUAGUUAAAAAAAUAACAGUUUUUUUUCAAAGCAGGUAGAACCAAGAAUUUAGAGAGGUCUGCUAUAGUGUCCUAACUUAGAAGAAAACACUGUAGAACAGAUGCUAGCGUUAAAAUGCAGCUCAGCUUUGGCUCGCUUUAGAAUCACUUCUUGGAGGCAUAAAUAAGUACAGAUGUCGAGUAAAUGCUGUAAAUUAUUGGUCAGCUGCAGAUUUGCUGAUAUGUGGUACAAGAGGCCAGAGGGAGUGUUUUUGCCUGGGAGACCACAGCAGCCACGUUAAGCAUCGUCUGCCUGCAGCUUAAGUCUGACCUCCUGCUGUUUUAGCUCCUGCGUCACCCUGACUGACCAGCAACACACAGUCAAUAAGUGCGCAGGGGUCACAAAUUUGAGACAAUCGAGAAUUAAGAUCAAGUUCGGCAACUUUUUUUUUUUUUUUUUUUUUUACAUUUUGAUAAUUAAAUCAAUUUAAAAUUAAAAAUAAAUAGGCUGUAAAUACAACAUUAUGUAUGUGUGUGUGUGUGUGUGUGUAGGAUAAGUCUCGUCCAUUUAUGGCACUGAACAAAAACAUAUCCUCAACCUGCGGGAUCCUCCCAAUCCCUUAUUAGGAGGAUCAGCAGAACACAGUAAAUGUUAGAGUAGUUAACCUACAGUUACUGCAUAUAAUACUCAUAACAGUGAAAUUAGCAGAAUAAAGAAGACCAAAACAGACCAUUUUUGUUACUUCAGUUUUUUUUUUUUUUGGGUGGUUUUAACUCCUAUCAUUCAGUGCCUUGAGUUCAAGCAGCAAAACUGACAUGUCAACAUGAUCGUAGGUGAUAUUCUGUGCAUUUUUAAAUGUCUCUUUUUAAUACUUUACAGUAGAUAGUUUACAAUCUCACUGGGUUUUUUUUGUUUGUUUGUUUUUUGUAAAUUUCUUCCAGUGCAUUUGCUGAGGUGUUCCAGUAGAGAUAAAGAGUGUGCACACCAAACAGCUGCAUGUAUGAGGUGAAGCUGUUUUGUAUAAAAAGCACCACUUUUUUUUUUUAUAUAAUUGUUUUGUAAGUUUUAAUGUCUAAUUUAUUAUCACUUUCCUUUUGAAUGUUACACUGUAAGAAAAAUUUGGUGUUAACUUUUUUUUUUUUAAGUGGGGGGGGGUUCCUUUAGCUUUUUUCUACUUGAAGAUUCACAUUUAUGUUUGACUAGCCUGAUAUAUGAUAUGAUACUGUAUGAUCAGCAGGUUUACUGAAUAUGUAAGUUUUUAGUCUGUUUACCCCCCCCCCCCCCUUCGAAUCAACAUGUCAGUUUUAUAAACCUCCAUUUGCAUGUCCUGUUACAGUACCUUAUUUGGUUCGCUUGAUCCUCACUUUAUUUUUUAAGUUUCUACUCGGUAAAUAAUUUCUGCUGUACGAUUACUACGCGAUGUGUUAAAGUCUACGUAGCAGUGCUCUUUCAUUACUCUGUGCAAAAAAAAACAAACCCGUGUCCAACAAAUCGAGAUGAGGAAAACAUUUUUCUCUGAUGCUGGAGAUUCUUUCAUCUGCUGUCCAUAGAGCCUCAGUGUACUUUACUGUCUGUGAACGUAAAACAGAACAAUGUGACGCAUGAAUUGUAACAGCUCAGAUGAACCUGUACGGGCUUCAGGAAUAUCAGUGUUUUGGAUUAUUUCAAAACUGGACUUCACGAGGACCUGAACAUACAACAUCUUCAACAAAGUGACAGGAAGAUGAUUUUACUUUAGUUUAAAUUUUUUUUCUUUUUUUUUUAUUUAUUUAAUGUAAAUGAAUGUCACCAUUGUCAACAAAAAUAAAAAUAAUUUGG